AUGGGUCAAGAAUUAUUUGAGGUUCAUUUAAAUACAGACGAACCUAUUGCAAUUACAUCUGAAACUAUUACAUCAACUAUUGGUAAUGAUGAUAUCAGUUUAUUUUUUUCUUUAAAAAAUUCUUCGGAUUUAACUGAAUCGAAUAACGACAAUCAAAUUCCAAAUUCUCAAACUGAAUAUAUAAAACAAAUUCGAAAUUAUCUAUCUACACUAACAACACCAACUCAAUGGGAAAAGCUCAAUUCUGACAUCGAUGAUAUACUUACCAAUAAUGUUUUUCCAUCUAUUACAGAACAAAAUAAUAAAAUCACGAGCAUAAUUGAUGAUCGUGUCACAUAUAAACAACAACUUGAAACAUCAUUGACGAAGAAACUUCAAGACAAUAAAUAUAUUAAUCUUUCAAUAUUUGCACAAUCAUUUAGUAAUGCUACAUUAGAUAAUAAUAAUCAACAACAAGACAAAGAUAAAUAUCAAUCUGAUCAAUUAUCAUAUUUUGCUAUUCAAUCAUUAAUAUCGAUAUUAUUACUUCUGAUAAAAUCUGCUGAAAAAAAUGAUCCUAUAAUUAUUCAACAGAUAUUAAUCUUAACAGGACAAUUAUGUGAACAAUUUCCAGUCAAAUGUUUAUCUUCGAAAAAUAAAUUCUUAUUUAAAUCAUUAGAACCAUUAACAAAUUAUAUUCAUGAAUUAUCUCUAACAACAGAUCCAACUAUUUCAAAACAAGCUUUAAAAAUUUUACUUAGUUUUUCAAUUGCAAAAGGAUCAUUCAAAGAUAUUUUAUCCUUAUUAAAUAAAUUAAUUUUCAAUACAAGUGAUAUUUAUCAUGUACAAGGUCUAAUCAUUCAGUUGAAUAAUGGCCUUACUGAAGCUAUCGAUGAAUGGGAGAAACAAAAUGAAUUGACAGAAUUUCCAUCAUUGAAUUAUUUAAAAUCUAUCAAUUCAUAUCCUAAUACAGAAUUAAUAAAUUUAACUGAUGAUUUAUUUACUGGUCAAUUUAUUUCAUCUAUUAUUUUAUCACAUAUUGAUAUUGAAAAUGAAAUAAAUUCACCAAUAAAAAUUUUUAAUUUAAGUUCAUUUUCAUGUGAAUUUCAUGUUAAUACAUUUAAAGAUUUAUUUCAUAUUAUUGAACAAUUAUCAACAAUUAUAUUAUCACAAUCAAAUAAUACAAUCAUUCAUAUUCUAACUGUUUGUUUAAGAUUAUUUAAUACACAUUUACAAAUUUUAUUUGAUUAUCAUAAUGAUAUAUCAACAUAUGCUUCUGAUAUUGAUUUAAAAAUAUGGUUUGAUUUAUUAUUAAAAUUAUCUUGUACUGAAAAUUUCGAUAAUAUUUCGAUAAAUAAAGAAGCAUCAAAAGCAUUUAUUAAUGUAAUUAAUAUUCAAAUAAUAUCAUUCAAUGAAAAAUUAUCGUUAUUUCAUAAAUAUGUCGUUGAAAAUAAACAUACAAUAUUAAUUCAACAAAUAUUUAUUGAAUUAAAUAAAACAGAAACAUUAUUAGAUUGGAUUGAAAUAUUAUGUGAUGAAAAUAAGAAAUUAUCAGCAUUGAAUAUUUUAUAUUGGUUUAUUGAUUUUCAUUUUAAUGAAAGUGAAGAAACAAAAUCUGAUAUGUUAUUAUCAUUUCAAAAACUUUUAUUAUAUCGUUUAUGUGAAAAGAAUAAUAAUAUAAAUCAAUUAUCUUCACUUAUGACUGAAUAUUUUACUGCUAUAUUCAAAAAAAAUUGUACGAAUAAUGAUUUAUUUAAUUCAAUUCUUAUUAUUUUAUGUUCAAUGACAAAAAGCGAUGGAUUUUAUCAAUAUGAAUCUAUUCAAUCAAUAUUUAUAGAUAUUUUACCAUUAUUAACAGAAUAUUAUUUAAAAAAUCAAGAUAAUGAAUUUAUUUGUUGUUUAAUUGGUAGAAUAAGUCAUGUAUUAAUUAUUGGUUCACCACAAGAUUCUCUUGAAAUAAAACAUUUAAAUAAAUUAAAAUUACCUAUUUUUGCUGGUGGAUGUACAACGGAUAAAAAUAAUUAUUUGUUUAAAUCGAAUCUAGCUAUGUAUAGUCAAUUUCAACAAUCAAAUAAUAAUAUCGAAGAUGAUAAAGAUUUUCUUAUGUCAAUUUAUAAUAAUACUGAUGAUGGUGCACGAUUAAUAUCUAAAUUGAAAACGUGUAUUAAAACUAAACAAAAUUCAUUACAAAAAUCAAUUGAACAACAAGCAAAUGAUGCAUGUGCUGCUGUAUUUGCUGUUUAUGUUAAACUUUAUCGACGAAUAAAUCUUGCUAAAUCCGAAUUAUUACGUACAGAUGAAAAUAAACCAUAUAAUCAAUUAUUAUCUAUUUAUGAAUAUGCUAAUCGUAUUCAAACAUUAUUUGCUACUAUUAAAGGUCAAGGUGGUGAUUGUAAUGAACUUUAUAAACAAAUAAAAAGCAAAACAUUAUUUCUUUUAUUAUCAGUUAAAGAAAGUGAUUUAAUACCAAUAGUAAAAGAAGAUGUAUCAUCAAUUAUAAUUGAUAAUAAACCAAAAAAAGCAAAUCAUUUUCAACGGCAACAUUCACAUUGGUCAAAAGCAAAAUAUGUUUUUAAAUUACUACGCCAUUUAUUUCAAGCUUGUAUACGAUUUAAACGAUUUAUGUUAGAAAAAAAACAUAGUAUCGAACAAAAACUUGAUUAUGAUAGUUUAUUAAAUCGAACAAUUGAUAAUUUUAUUUAUGGAGAUUUAUAUAAAAUAUCAGCAUCCGUAACAAUCGAAGAAAAACAAUUAGAAAUUGAUGAACUUGAAAAAUGUCUUUGUCGACAACAUGAACGAGCUACAAUUCGAUUACUUACAUAUCGAUUUAUUAAAAUAUUUAUACAAAAUCUUCUUCAACUCAAUAAUAAUGAUCAAUGCCUUAAAACUCUAUCGAUUUAUUUACCAUAUAUGAGAAAAAGUGAUUUAGAAUGGUCAUAUUUUAAUGAUAUAUUAGCAACAAAUAAUCAAUUACGAGACGAUAUUAGUAAGACUUAUUAUUCAAUUAUUAAACUUGUUUUAUCAUUUACUUUACAAUCAAAUCAUUUCGUACAAACUAUUUUUUAUUUACUUAAUUUAUCUUAUGAAUCAACAGACAUUUGUCAUAUAUAUAAUCAUCAAAUAAUUGAAAUAUUAUUUCAAUCAUUUGUUAGUUUAGCUAAUAAUUCCAAUGAUAAUACAACAUCGAUUGGAUUGAAAUUUAAUGCAUUUAAUUGGUUUCGAUUAUUUCUCAUGAAAUUAUGUGAAAAUAUUGAAAUUGAAAAAUUACAUGAUACACCAAAUCAAAUUUUACAACAACAACAAAGAUUUCUUUUUAAUACAUUAAUUUUAAAUGAAUUAAAAAAUAUUUCAUUGCCUGAUUCCGAAAUACAAACUAAUAAUUCUUUAAAAGAUAUAUCUAUUAAAUGGUUUCUUCAAGCAGAUCAAUCAGAUAUUAAUCUCUAUAUAAAUCAAUAUUUAGUUCUUCUACUUCGUUGUAUGCGUUUUUAUAAAUAUGUUCUAUCCGUUUGUGCAACUAUUCCGUUUCUUGAACAAUUAAUUUAUAUUUACAAUCAUCAUCAGGCUAAUAUUACUCGUUUACUUACAAUAAAAAUUCUACGUUAUUUAAUACCAUCAAUAUCCGAUAAUGCAGAUGAAAUAGCAAAAAAUCUUAUUGAAAUUUUCUUACAUGAUACUUUAAAUACAAUUGGUGAAAAUAUUCUAUCACAAGAAAUUAUUGCAGAAUUAAUUUAUAUGUAUCGUACAAUAAUGUCUAUUGAAUCUUCAUGGAAAACAAUAGCAAUAGAAAUUAUAUUUAAUACUAUUGUAUCAUAUUUAAACAUCGAAUCAAUUGAAGCGAAUGAUUUAAAUCAAAUGAAUAAACUUCUAGCAUCAUUAAAUAUUUUCGGUAGUUAUAUUGAACCAUAUCGAUUAGGUUCCGUGGUUAUAAAUGAAACAAAUGAUAAAUUAAAUGAUGAAUCUUCUUUAGCAUUAAUUAUUGAUAUUAAUGAUACAGAAACACCUUAUUUAAUUCAAUAUUUACAAACAAAUCAAACAGAAUCAGUUUCUAUAAAUAAAUUACAACUUAAAAUCGAUAUUCCACCAUCUGAUUUACCAAAUACAUUUGAUUCAAUACUUGAUCUACUAGGAUAUUUUAUUCAAAUUGAUACAUCAACAAAUGAAUCAAUAAUGUUAUUACAAAUAAAACGUCAUUGUAUUUCUGUUCUAUAUCAUAUAUUGAAUAACAAGAAAUUAAUUGAAAUUUUCAUGGAAAAACCAUAUGCAUCGAUUAUUGCACAACUAUGUAUAUCAAAUCAACAACCGACGGAUAUACGUUUAUUUAAUAAACAACAUUUACAACAAUAUUGUUUAAGUUUAGAUACAUGUGAAAGAUUGAAAAAAAUAGUUGAUAAUGAACAACAAGAUUUAGUAGAACAACAACAACAACAAUCAAUAUCAAUAAAUGAUCAAGAUGAUUUAUUAUAUAGUAUAUGGAAUGUUGAGAAAAUGAAUCAAGAUCAAUUAGAUACGAAUAUUUGGACGGCAUACAAUGGAUGGAGACCGUAUGUAUUUGCAGGAGAAAUGGAAUAUUUUAAAGAAGGACGAAUUGGAAUCGAUGAAAUAACUAUUGUACCAUUUCCACGUAAUACAGCUGAUGUUAGUGUAACUGAAGAAUGUGGUAUUAAACAUAGAUUUCAUGGACGAAUAGUUCCUAAUGGAGAGAAUACAACAGUAUCAUUUCCAACAUUUAUUAUGAAUAAUUUGCAAUUAAGUGAAGGAAAAUGGUAUUAUUGUGUUCGAUUACCAAAUGCUGGACUUUUACAAAUCGGAUGGGCAACAAAUGGAUUUACACCUAGUAGUGGAUGUGGAGUAGGUGAUGAUAUGUAUUCAUGGUCAUAUGAUGGUUCGCGUGGUGUUUUAUUCAAUGCUCAAGGAUUUUAUAGUCAAUUUGAUGAUGUUCGUUGGAAUGAAAAUGAUGUUUGUGGUUGUGGUAUCGAAAUUGAUGGAGAAAAUACUAAUAUUAAAUAUUGGUUGAAUGGAAAACUUUUAGGUACAGCUUUUCAACAUAAAACAUGUGUUAAAUAUUCAUCAACAAAAUGUGAUUUAUUACCAAAUGGAGCAACUACAACAUAUUAUCCAGCUAUUAGUAUACAAAGUGAAGUAUCAAGAUGUUGUGAAUUAAUAAUAAGUCCAGAAGAUAUGAAAGAUUGUCCAUUACCAAAUGGUUAUAAAUCUAUAUUAUUACCUAAAUCUCUUCCAAAAGAAAAUUUACUUGUUGAUUAUCCUUUCAGUGCAUAUCUUAUUGGUGAUGAUCAAACGGAAUCUUGUCUUACUAGACAAACGAAAUCUGAUAUUAAUAUUCUACGUGAUUUUGUUAAUGAACAUCAUCUUGAAACAAAAUUUUCUUUAAAUAAUCAAUCUAUUAUUCUACCGGAUAAUAGUGAUGGUUUCAAUUUAUCUGUAGACAAUACAGAAGCAUCAUCAUUAACAAUUAGUUUUGAUGUUCAACUAACUUCAACCGAUGAAAAACUUGAUAUUAUUGAUUUAUUUACAUUAGAUUCAAUGGAAAUUAUUUGUAGAAAAACCGAUGAAAAAUUACGAUGUGUGAUUAUUUUCUUAGCAAAAAAACGACAAAUAAAAGUUUAUAUUAACAAUAAAUGUCGAACAUAUCCCGAUGCAUUUUCGUAUGAAACAAUUAAGAACUUAAAUAUACAUAUUUUACCAAAAAUUGCUUGUGAAAUAAAAAAUUUAGCAAUAUGGAAAUAUGCUCUAUCUGAAGAACAAAUUCGUCGUCUAUUCAAUUAUAGUCUAUUAUAUAUUGUUAGUGAUUUUAAGAGAUUAAAAGACUAUCGAAAACAAGUAAAUACAAUAACAUUUUCUAAAAAUCAACAAGAAUUUUCCGAUGAAUUACUUCUUCCAUUUAUUGAAUCAUGUACAGACGAACUUUGGGAAAAAAAGAAAAAACAAGCAGAUAUGGAUGAAUCAAAAUAUUUUAAAACAAAUGAAGAUUAUUCAACUGUUGAAUUAUAUGGAAAUCAAUCUUAUCUUAUUCUAAAUAAAUCUGAUGAUGUAUGGUCGAAAUUUACAUUUGUAUUCAAUCUUUGUAUUCCAAAUUGGCCAUCAAAAGAUGAAAGGCUAGCAUUAAUAACAUUGAAUUCUAAAAAUGAUAUUCUUUUAACAUCUGAUGGUAAACUUUGUUUCGAUGAAAAUGGAACAAAACAUGAAAGUCAUUCAUCUAUUAUUCGAAAUGAAUAUUUUCGUUUAUCGAUUAUUGGUCGUCCAGAAUCUCUUCAAAUCUAUGUAAAUAAUAAAUUAGAAAUUGAUAAGAAAAACAGUGAUGACGAAUAUAUAAAAAUUAAAAGAAAUCGAAUUAGAUUAUUUAGAGAAAGCGAUUUUACCCGAAAUACUACAAGUGAAGAAAUACUUCGAAUAUCAUUAAAAUCAAUUACUUAUUUAAAUCGUGCAGUAUCAAUUGAUCAAUUACAAUCAUCAACAUUACUUGCAUUACCUACUUCAAUUAUUGGAUUAAGUUUAAUGGCAAUGGGUUAUAAAAAAUCAUGGAUACAAUCGGUAAUCGACGACAAUAAAACAACAAAUAUUUCAACAAUUAAUACAAUUUUACGUGAACAAAAAUCUUAUUUUAUAAAACAAGAUCAGGAAAAUAUACGAAUACGUUAUACGAAUAUUUUAACCAAAUUAGAUCCAUCGAUUGAUUCGGAAAUUUUAAAAAAUAUUGAAUUAACUACAGAUGAACAAAUAAAAAAUAUUGCUCAAUAUAUACUUACUCAUUCGAUGUCUUUACAGCAAUCAUCUGAUGAAAAUGUAGUUGAAUCAAAAGAUAAAUUAAAUCCAAAUUGGUUUCUACAAUCUGUUCAACAUUUAGAUAUUCGUAGUAAUUUUAAUGAAUGGCUUCGUGAUAAAACAUCGGUAACAGAAGAUGAAGAUAAUAUUUAUCAAUUAAUUGAUAUUGAACAAAAGAAACAAACAAGAAAAAAACCUCAUGAAUCAAUUGAUUAUUCACAUAAAAAUAUUUCAUCAAAACAAUUUUUACAAUCACGAAUUGCUUGUGAACAUGGAUUAACAAUAAUUUAUGCACGUAAUACCAUUCUAAAUAUGCUUAAAGUAUGGUCCUAUGAUAGUACAUCAUUAUUAUUUCCAUUAGAAAAAUUUGGUAAUUAUACAUUUCUUAUAUCAUUAUUAAAAUUAUUAGAUUAUUCGGAAAUAAAUAAAAAUGAAAAAUUUAAUCGAAUACAUAUAUUAAUUAAUUCAAUUCUUAAAACUGAAAUCAAACAAUUACUUGAACAUCCUGAUAAGAAUGAUUUAGAAAAUCAAGCACCAUUAUUAUAUCAUUUACAAAAAGAUUUUAUUAUUCAUUCAAUUAAAUUUUUACUUAAACCAUCUUUAUUAGAAUCAAAUUCUAGUGGUGAUCAACAACAAUUAAAUUUCAAUUUUAUUUUCAAAACUCUUAAUCAUUUUGUGGAAUUAAUAACUGAUAAAUCAAUUAUGAAACAACAUCAAAUAGAUUUGAUUAUUUCAAUUUUAUUUCCGAAACAAUUAAUUAAUUUAUUAUUUAAUCUAUUCUUAAUUGUUUCAACAAAUCAAGCUAAAAUAUCUAUUCUUCAUUUAUUUACUACAUUAUUACAAACAAGUGAAUCUAUUAAAUUGAAUAAUCAAAUUCAACAAUUUUUUUGUCAAUUUUUAAUUGAAUUAUCAUCAUCGACUACACUAUCAAUAAGUAGUUAUUCGAAAAAGAAACUUGAAAUUUCGUUAUUAGAUUUUAUAUUUAUAUUAUUGAAGAAACAAGAUAAUAGUCAAAUAAAAGAAUUUCAAAUGAAAUUACCAGAAAAUAUUCAAAAUUUAUUUACAACAGUUGAUGUUAUUAUUGCUUGGAAUGAUCCAACAAAACAAAUACCAUUACCUGAAAUAUUUCUUUCACAAUCAAAAAAUAUUUUAGGUGAUAAUUAUCAGUUAAAUCAAGAUGAUUUUAUAAAAUCGAAUCAAAUUUUCAAUCCUCUUAUUGAUCAAGAAUUAAUUAAUUUCAUGAAUAAUAAUUCAUUAUUAAAUGAUAAUUCAUUCUCUAGUUUUAUUGAAAGUCUUCCAACUGAAUCUGAACCAAAUGCAAUAUUCUAUAAGAAUUAUAUAUUAUUAUCAAACGUUCCUGCUGAUUCUAUUCAAAAUCGAGCAAAAUUUAUUUAUCUAUUAAAUAAAUUCGUUGAAAAAAGUCUUGCUAUUGUUGAUUUUAGUUUAUCACAAGGACAAAGUCCUCUAACGGAUUAUAUUCGAACAAUAAAACUUUAUCUAUUAUCAUCAACAAAAUUACAAUUAUUUCAUGAAUCUCUAGAGAAAACCGAAGGUGCUUAUAGUUCUGAUUAUCAAACUGUUAAUUUCGAUACUGUUAAAGCAAGUACGGAUAUUGAAAAAAGUGAAAGUACAUUUUUUUAUCAAGCCUAUCAACAAUUACAUGCUAAUGCUCAUAUAAUAUUUCGACGAUCAAAUGAACAAUUAUGGCAAGCACAAUAUAUUGGAAUGCAUAGUACUGAUGCAGGUGGACCUUAUCGUGAUAGUAUAACACGUAUUUGUUUAGAUAUAUGUUCAACAAGAUUAUCAUUAUUUAUUUUAUGCCCAAAUGGACGUACAAAUAGUGGUUUAAAUCGUGAUUGUUGGAUUACAAAUGUAUUUCCACCAAAUAAGUCGAUACCAAAAAAAUUUAAAAGACAAUAUCGUUUUAUUGGACAAUUAAUGGGUAUGGCAAUACGUAAAAAACAUUAUUUAGAUUUAAAAUUUCCAAUAUUAUUAUGGAAACAAUUAUUAAAAGAACAAAUUACUAUUGAAGAUAUUGAAGCAAUUGAUGCACAAAGUUUUACAAUGAUUAAUGAAAUGGAAAAAAAUAUUGAACAAAUAAAAUCAAUGGAUAAUGAUAAUGAUAAUGAUAUGGAAACAUUAUUUAGUAGUAUUAUGAGUGAAUUACGAUUUGAUGUUGUUAGUUCAUCUGGACAAAGUUAUGAACUUAUUCCAAAUGGUUCAGAAAUUUCUAUAACAGCAUCGAAUUUUAAAAAAUAUUGUUCGUUAUAUCGACAAUAUCGUCUCAAUGAAUUUAAUCGACAAAUAAAUUUAAUACGUGAUGGAUUAUAUAGUAUUAUUCCAUGUUAUUAUUUAAAUUUAUUUACUCCUACUGAACUUGAAGAAGCAGUAUGUGGAAAAGGACGAAUUGAUAUUGAAAUUUUAAAACGAAAUACUUAUUAUGGUGGUGAAUAUAGUCAAGAUUCAUCGACAAUGGAAUUAUUCUGGACGGUACUUAAUGAAAUGUUUACGGAUGAACAAAGAAAAUUAUUUUUAAUAUUUGUUUGGGGUCGAAGUACAUUACCAACUCGAGAUGAAGAUUUUCAUACGAAAUUUACCAUUACUAAGUUGGAUCUAUAUGAAAAUGAAAAUGUUGAUAAAAUACUGCCACGAUCACAUACAUGUUUUUUUACGAUUGAUUUACCUGCCUAUUCGACAAGUGAAAUUAUGUAUGAACGUUUAAAUUAUGCUAUUUCAUGUUGUUCAAGUAUUGAUGGUGAUGGAACAAUAAACGAUACAGUUAAUUUAGAUGAUUUAAGUUUUGAUGAUAACUCAGAAGAAUAA